AUGUCGACCACCCUCCAACCCCAGGCCCCGCCCAACAAUAACAUGAAGCCGCACACAAUCCACUCGUACUCGGGCCUUGCGCACCCUCCACACCUAUCCCGUCUCGAAUCAGCAGCCCACAAACAGGCCCAGGUCGAACCCUUGUCAAUCGACGUCGACACCGGCGACGGGCAGGACGGCUUUGUCCCAGGCUUCCUGCACCUCCCUCCCGAUUUCACCACCGCCCCUGGCACACUACCCACCCACCACCACCGCACAGCCGCGCUCCUCCUCUCGGGCGCGGGCGGCGGCGUCACGGGCCCCAGCUCCAUCUACCUCUCCCUCGCAUGCAAACUGGCCACGGUCGGGAUCCCCACACUCCGUCUCGACUACCGCUUCCCCGCGCGCACGGCCGCCUGCGUCGCCGACGCCAAAGCCGCCAUGGCCUAUCUGCGCGACAUGUACGGCCUGGACCGGUUCGUGCUGGUCGGGUGGUCGUUUGGCGGGGCCGUGGUGUUCAGCGCCGCGGACGGGGAUGAGCGAGUGGUCGGGUGUGCUACCGUGGCUAGUCAGACGGCGGGGACGGAGGGGAUUAGGAGGUUGGCUCCGAGGCCGGCGCUGUUGAUGCAUGGGACUGGGGAUCGGACGUUGAGUGAUGGGUGUAGCAGGAGGUUGUUUGAGAUGUAUGGUGCCAACCCGAAAGGGGAGAGGAGGUUGCAGCUGUUUGAGGGGGAUAAUCAUGCGCUGAGUAAAAAUGCGGAGAGGGCGGAGGAGAUGCUGUGUGAGUUUGUGGCGACCUGCGCCGGGGUGGGCAUUGGUGAGGAGGAGAGGGAGAGGGUGGUCCGGCUGGAGUUGAUUGAGGAUGGGGAGAGGCAUGGGUUGAUGGAGAAGGGUGGUGAUUUGAGAGAGCCGGAAAAGGAGGAUUAA